GUGUGCCGAGGAACUACACCACCGCCUUUGAAUUGGCUGAUGUCGCGUCCCAAACCACUGAGGCGCACACGGUGACCGCAAUGAUCGUCCUGGGCAAUAUAUACCGGCGGGGGUUAGGAGGGGUAGAAGUGGACCCUCAGAAGGCCUUUGGCUAUUUUGACGCGGCGGCUAAGUAUGCAGCACCUUUGGCGUUGCUGUCGAUGGCUG